UACACAAUGGUCCAGUAUGUAGCUCUUCCUGUGUGUCUCUGUGUCAUGGGUUUGCUCUCAGAGACACUGUACUCUUUAACUUUGGUGGCAGAAAUUGGAGAUAAAGUCACGAUUUGGUGCCAACACGACCUGACUGUUACAGGUUACGUCUCUUGGUUUAAACACAUAAGUGAUUCAGUUCCACUUCCUAUGGGGUGUAAACAGUUUUUUACAUCAGCUCCAUCGGAAACGUGUUACUUCUUUACUGAAAGUAAGAGAAUAAUGAUGUCUGUUUAUCGCAAGAACACGUCGCUCACCAUCACUGCAGUAAAUGUCUCUGAUACGGGACUCUAUUACUGCGGGUACAUGGAACAGAAUCGGAUUACAUAUAGUGAUUCAGUCUACUUAAGAGUGAAAGGGCAAAAUAAAACUGUUUCUAAAAUCACAGAAAGAGCUGAAGGCUCAGACUGCCCUGCUGUGUUCUUCAUGCUGAUCUUGGUGUUUGCUGCAGCGACUGUAAUUCUUCUCAGUGUCCUGAUCAUUGUACUGAAAGACGGAAAAACUCACAUAGGUGCUGAAGCAGAAGAUAACAAGUUCUCUAAGAAGAAAAAGAGGAUGAGCUGUGAUGAAUCGGAGUAUACAUCUGUUGUGUAUUCUACUUUCCAAACAGAGUCAAAUGAACCAGCAGCAGCAACUGGUCCGGCUGUCUCCCAACCCCUAACUUCAGCAUCCCCUGAAUCAGCCCCUGCGCUCCCACAUGAAGAAGAAGGGGUGCCGCUUGUUUUCAAGGCUUUUUCCUUGUUUUUCUUUGGUAUGUUCUUCAUUUUUCAAGAGACCAGCCAUGGCCAACUGCGACUUCUCCAUUGAUGACUUCAUCCCUUUGGAUGAUUCGGACAGCCAGGGCAGUUCAGACCGUGUUCCUUCUGAGGAAUUUUAUUUCUGUUGACGCUUUUACCCUGGCCCCUUAUGUUUUGUAUUUUACAUUGGGCUUUUAUACUUUGUAUUUUAUAUUAUUACCAUGUAGAUAUGCCUUUUUAUUCUGUGUCUACUUUUGUUAAAAUAUUUUAUUUACAAGACUAGCUCCGUGUCUCUGAUUUUUCCUAUUUCUUAUCUGCCCGUUCAGUCUGCCCACAUGGCCAUCUACACACACACACACACACACACACGCUGUCUCGCAGGGAGAUUCCCCUGAUUCUUUCAAGUUUAGUUUCAGUGUAUAGUUUAUUACAUAGUUUCCCGUACACCUCGUUAGCCCCUCUUUUUAUCUGGUUUCUAGUGCCUUGUGCUUAUCUGGUGUCUGUCACCUGAUUAUUUCUUCUGUCCUUGGGUUUUAGUUGGUUUUUCCAGGAUUUUAUCCUCCCUGCUUUGCCCUUGGUUUUUUCUAUCAGUUGGUUGUUCCUGGUUUAUUCUACAGUUCUCAAGAGACAGACCAUGUAUGAGCAUGUCUUUAUUUGGUAGAUGCACAUACUAGUUUAUUUUUGUGUCUACUUUUAUUAAACUCAGUAUUCCUAAAACUGAUUGUGUGGAUAUUUGUCUAUAUUCUUACUUAGACAUGUAUACGUGUAUCCAACACUUGUUUCAAUCCUUCAUUAGGCCAAGUCCGACACCUGGCACCUUAUCUUGUCUUACCUGGGUCACUCUAACCAUGCCCUUACUGCUAUG